CUGCAUAUGAAACCCAGGCAGUCCAGUUCAUCAGCUGUCUGGUUUACUCCAGCUUAAUACAGGGUCACUCCUGAAGGAUCCUCUCUGAGAGUCAUUGUAUGUGAAGAUGAUGUCUGCGAGCGCCGUGGCUAAGGUGAUGACCCUCAUGCUGGCGGUUUGUCUCCUUACCCAGGCAGAUGGGAAACCCGUUAAGAAGAGAGCUGUCAGUGAAAUACAGCUUAUGCACAACCUGGGCAAACACCUGGCCUCUGUGGAGAGGAUGCAAUGGCUGAGAAAGAAGCUGCAAGAUGUACACAAUUUUGUUAGUCUUGGAGUCCAAAUGGCUGCCAGAGAAGGCAGUUACCAGAGGCCCACCAAGAAGGAGGAAAAUGUCCUUGUUGAUGGCAAUUCAAAAAGUCUUGGCGAGGGGGACAAAGCUGAUGUGGAUGUAUUAGUUAAGGCUAAAUCUCAGUAAAUGCUGACAUAUUCUAGACCGUGCGGAGCAAUGACAUAUGCUGCUAUCCUUUCAAGCUCCACGAAGAUCACCAAGUGCUAAUCCUUCUACUGUAAUAAAAGUUUGGAAUUUGAUUCCACUUUUGCUCAUUUAAGGUCUCUUCCAAUGAUUCCAUUUCAAUAUAUUCUUCUUUUUAAAGUAUUACACAUUUCUACUUCUCUCCUUAAAUAUAAAUAAAGCUUUAAUGAUCAUGAACCAAA